GAAUAGUGAAAGUAGUUUCCGAUUUGUUUAGAUCGGGGUAAUGUGUUAUGUUUUACGUCUUAAACUAUGUUUACAUUGUUGCGAGGUUUAAAUCAAAAUGUACAAUUCCUUGACAGAAGACAUAAUAACCUCAAGGAGGUCCCCGAUGAUGUUUUGGGGGCAAAAGCGGUUGAAGAAUUAUUGCUGGACUCGAAUCACUUAAGGAUGCUCCCAAAGAAUUUCUUUAGAUUCCCUAAAAUAAGAUGCCUGAGUUUGAGUGAGAAUGAAAUUUUUCGCAUUCAACCUGAAAUUGGAAACUUAUCAACUCUUAUUGAAUUAGACCUUAGCAAAAAUGAUAUUUAUGACAUACCUGAAAACAUAAAGAGCUUAAAGCAGUUGCAAAUUGCCGAUUUUAGCUGUAAUCCACUAAAAAGGAUACCUGCCAGUAUUGUUCAUCUUCAAAAUUUGACAGAUCUCAAGAUAAAUGAUGUUAGCUUAACUGAACUUCCAUCAGACUUCGGCAGAUUAGUAAAUCUGCGUGUACUGGAGUUGCGUGACAAUUUAUUGAAAGAAUUACCAUCAUCUUUUGUUUCACUAAAGAAUUUGGAAUGUAUUGAUCUUGGCAGCAAUAUGUUUGAUGAAAUGCCUUCCUGCUUAUGUCAACUGACUAAAUUGCAAGAACUUUGGUUAGACUCUAAUGAGAUUACUACCCUUCUAAAUGAUAUCAAAAAGCUAAAGAAUUUGACCUGUCUUGACUUAUCUGAAAAUGAACUUGAAUUUUUGCCAGAAGAGAUUUCAGGUUUAGAAAGUCUAACAGAUUUUUAUCUCUCCCAAAAUUAUGUGCAGUUAUUGCCCAAUGGUAUUGGAAAUCUUCAAGAAUUAACCGUUUUCAAGGUGGAUAGCAACAGGUUGCUAUCCUUGCCUAUGAGUUUGGGUAAGUGCGCUAAACUCCAAGAACUUAUUUUAAAAGAAAAUGAAAUAUCUUCUUUUCCUGCAUCUUUUGGAAAUUUGAAAAGUUUGAAGGCACUUAUAGCAGACUGCAAUAAGUUGAGCACUCUCCCAUCAGAAAUAUGUAAUUUGGCACAACUGACUGUUUUAUCUUUAAGAGAUAAUUGCUUAUAUUAUCUUCCUGAAGACAUUGGAAUUAUGAAAAAUUUGCAAGUGCUUGAUCUAUGUGGAAACAGGAUACAGUAUCUGCCAAUCAGCAUUAUGUUCCUGAAUUUGAAAGCAUUGUGGUUGUCAGAGAAUCAGCAUCAACCACUUUUAAAUUUUCAAAGAGAUUUUGAUUGGAAAGCUAAACGAGAGAUCAUAACUUGCUAUAUGUUACCACAACAAGAAUGUACAAUAGAUUAUUCAGUGAAAGCAGAAACAGAUGAAAAACCUAUUGCAAGUCAUCAACGUGUUGAAUUCGAAGUAGAGAGCGAGGAUGAAAUUGAUAAGAAUGCUGAACUGGUUCGCCAUGGUACUCCAUACCCAAAGGAUUUGAAAUUGAAAGUAUCUAAAUUAUUACCAUUAAAAGGCAAAGUAAUUAAAGACAGUUUGGAGAAAAAUGGGGAAUGUAAUUCUCCAGUAAUUAUUGAUUCAGGAGUUUCAAGUGUUGCAUCAAAUCGAGGAAAUUCAGAUGAAGCAUGUUACAAUCUCACAAACAUCCAUGCCCAUCAGAAUGGCAGUACUCACUUAGAUUCAAAUGAAAAACUAAAAUCGGUAUGCAGUGAAGAUCAGGAGCUAACUGAAACGGAUGAAAACUCUAGUGAAAAUUGUCUUUCAAGUGAUAAAGUCAGUGUUUCGUUUGAUUCAGAAGGCCCUUUGCAGAUUCAAGAUGCACCUUCAAUAUUUUCGUAUGCCCAUUGCAAUGUCUAUGAAAUUUAUGUUGAACGUGAAUCAUCUGGUUUGGGUUUAAGUAUUGCUGGUGGAAAAGAAUCUACUCCUUAUAAAGGAGAUGAUGAGGGCAUUUUUAUAUCUAAGGUUACUCCUGAUGGCCCUUCUGAUAGAGCAGGUUUAAAAAUAGAAGAUAAAGUUUUGAAAGUGAAUGGUGUACCUUUGGUUGAUAUUGAUCAUUAUAGUGCUGUUCAAAUUCUAAGAAAUGCUGGAAAGAACAUAAAACUUACCAUUCUUCGAGAAGAACCAUCAUCUGAAGAGAAACCUGAUAUGUUGCCACGCCUCCAUGUUUGCGAUGGAGACGAAUCGACGUUGCAUUCACUAAAAGAGCUGCAACAUACUGAGAAGCCAUUUUCAUUUGGAACAAGUAAUUCCGUAAAUGCUAGCAUUCCAAAGCAUGGGCAAAACUUCAAAAUUAGUUACAUGCCACUAAAUGAUGUGUCUGGGAGAAGUCCUGAAAAACAAACCAGUUCUGAAGCAGUCAUUGCAUCAUCAAAUAUACUUCAUGAGCAGAAUCAUAAUUUGAAUACUUUUGAACCAGACAUGACAUCAACCCCCAUGAUUUUAUCACGUGCACCAAGUAAAAAUAUUCCUGAUGUUGUUCAGCCUUCUACGUUCAACUCCCUUAUUCAAUCUGCAGCCUGUGACACUAUAGAAAAAUAUGAAGGACCUCUUGUUAAAGUAACAAUUGAAAAUCCCAAACCAUAUGUGCCAUUGAAACCUGAAUUUCCAUCUCCAACUAAAGCCCUUGGUGAAACAUCUGAAGUCCUAACUACAUCAUCAUUUACUGAGACUACACUCACCCGCCUCACUUCUAAUUCAUCCUGUACAAAGGCUCCUAUCUCAGAGGAAGUUAUUUUGCAUAAACAAAAAAGACCUCUUGGAUUGAGCAUUAUGGGUGGUUGUGAUCAAACUUGCAUCCCUUUUGGUUCAAAUGGCACAGGAAUUUUUGUUUCUCGAAUUGUACCAAAUGGAAUAGCUUCUAAAACUAAAAGAAUUCGGGUUGGAGAUAGAAUUUUAAAGGUAAAUGAUACAAAUAUAACUACAGCUACACACAAUGAAGCUGUGUCUGCACUGUGUGCUGCAAGUGAUGAAGUAAAACUUUUGAUUCAGCAUGAUCCUCUUCCUGAUGGCUGGCAGACUAUUGUUUUGAAUAAGACAGAUGCUGAAGGUUUUGGCAUUGAAUUAGGAGGUGGACUUGGUGGUUCACCAGUAAAUCCUUUUGAUUUAUAUGAUGAAGGAAUUUUUAUCUCUAAGAUUCUUCCAGAUUCUGCUUGCUUCAGGGAUGGGAGACUUAAAGUUGGAAUGAGAGUUAUAGAGGUUUCUGGAUACACAUUCUUAGGUGCUACUUUAGAUGAAGCAAAUACUGCUCUCAGUUCUGUGGGAAAUUCCAUUCAUAUUACAGUUUGUAAUGGCUUCAAUAGAGCAUUGAUGAAUGCUUCCUACAAUUGUCUUCCUAGUUCUGGUUCAAUGACAACCGAUUCUGUGCCAUGUAUAGAUAGUGAUGAUGAUUCAAUCGAUAUUUUCCGUCCGUCUUCACAGGAUGUUGUGUUAUCGGAAGAGAAAUCAGUUGAUGAGAAAGUGUUAGACAUUGUUCGUGCUGCAGAGCGAUUAGUUUCUCCAACCCCUCAAGUGUUUACAAAUUCACCUUGUGCAAUGAAGAAAAAGAAAACCACCACCAUUGUUUUGUCUAAGCACGUUGUUCAUCCUUCAUCACUGGAAGAUAAUCAACACCAAAAACCUACAUAUCUGCCAUGUGAAGUAUAGAGCUGGAAUCUACUAACAGAUUUUGUAAUUAGUAUGGCAAGAUCUACAUAAAUGGUUGUCAUAAAAAGUCAUUGUUUAAUGUUUGUACUUCUGUUGCAUGACUUUAAAAAAAAAAAAAUCAGGGAUUCAAAAAUUUACUGCAUUUGACUUCAUUGCAUUUUGUGAUAAAUUUCUAAAAUUUUUAUAUUUUGGCAUUCCAUUUUAAUACAUAUAUAUAUAAAUAUAUCUAUAUACAUAUAUUAUGUUGUAUGUUAAAAGUUUUUAAAUGAUUUUUAUGAUAUAAAAUAUAUUUUUAAUUGUAUAUGAAAUUACUACUUGUUAUGGCUUGUAAAUAUCAUAUUUUCAUCCUCUCAUUCCCCCCUUCCAAACAUUGCAGCUUAUUAAAGCAUAGUUAAAAUAUGCAUUUCCAAUAACGUUUAAUGUUACUUUAUGAUACAUAAUGUAGUACAUGUGGCAGCAUUUGCAUUCAUGUAUAUAUCAGCUACAAAAACCAUUGUGUGUCCUAAUUGAAAUUUCCUUUUGCUUUCUUUAAUGCUGUUGAUAUAAAUUACUAAGUUAUGCUUUCUUGCUUUAAAUUAUUGGUCAUAUUUUGAGUUUUUUCAUUUAUUUUUCUCCAUACACAUUUUAGCAUUAGUCAACUUUAUUUCAUCUUUUUGAGUUUAUUUAUUUUACUUUCAAUUUUUAAUGCAAUUUUUCUGUUUAGUUACAUAAUUGUAAUGUUUUAUUCAUAUGUUUUAUCUUGUACUUUUUUGUAAAGUUAUGACCUU